CGUCAACAACUGUACAAUCAAAAUUCAAUCAAAAUCAACAUCAACAGGAUUUAUUGCAGUGUUUUGUCCAAUUCUUUGUUUGUUUCGUGUUAAAUAAAAAUAAAAAGAAUCGAAAUUACUGAAUGCUAGUGUUUUAACAAAAUAAAUAUCGUGAGUUUGUGAAAACUUUCUGUCGUUUGAAUUGCCACUUCAAGGAGAUAACCUUAUCAUUUGGCCAGCCUACUCGUAUGUUUAAGCGGUAAAUUACUCGGCCGAGCCCCUUCGGUCGGAGACAUCCCCCCUCCGCCACCACGCUGCCAUCAUGACCCUCCACUGGUGGAUGCACUGGUUUUGGGUGACGACGCUGCUUGUCACUGUCGGCAGCGGAAACACAACGGCUGCACCUCAAUCUGAAGAACUGCAACACCUCACUACAGAUAUGCAGAUUGAAUCUCACGUGCAGUCCGAACGACAAGGCCGAGCCAUGUACUUCACUAAAACCCCACUGAGCACCGCAAGACCCCCACUGACCAACCAGACAGGGACGAGCCAGAACAAAACUGACGUGCUAAAUGUAAACACUACAGCGAAUAAUGCAACAAUCGAUAUUGUCCCUCCAACGAUACAAUGGACCCAAGUGAAUACUAACACGACAGACGUGAAGAAUUCUUCGGACAUUCCGUCGGAUACAAAUGAGAACAGAAGCGUCUCAGUGAUUCCUGCGAUCGCAAACUUGACUGAUCCGCUGAACACGACGCUUGGUAAGAAGCGUAAUUUAACAAGACCAGAUUUUGUGAAAGACGACAGUGUCGAUGGUGUAUCGGAGAGUAGAAUAGUGACUGAGAAACCUUUGUCGUUGGAGACUACAUUCGUACAGACGAGGAUACCUCCUAACAUAGAAUCUUCUAGAAUGGUGAUAGAUCAUGGGGGUGGCGGGAUGGACACCGGAGCUAUAGCGGGUAUAUCGUUCGCGGCGCUCGUGCUUGGAGCCCUGGCCGGGAGCACGGCCUUCGUACUGUACCGGAGACGGUACUUGAACAAGCCACAAACGUUGAAUGACAAAUGCUCAAACCCGGAUUCCAGUGGGUAUCUUGAUGACAGCACAAUCAGGGACAAUUCGGAGGAGAUGUACAGCCUGGACAACGACUCUUUCCUAAACUCCCUCGAGGCGAUGACGAUACAGAACUACUGGACCGACACGGUGAAGCAUACGAAGUUGUAACAUUUUUUGUGGACUGUACAUAUCUUGACAUUGUGAACACAGUGCUCCCCCGCUCAGUGACUGCGAUCCUUAAUAGUAUUUAUGCCACCAAUAAUUUUAAGAAAACGUUAAGCCUUAAAUAUGAUUUUUUUCUUUAUUUGCCAUAACCAAAGAAAUGUCAAACAUUUUAUUCAAAAACGCGAU